AUGGCCAAGCACACGCGUUUUUCGGCUUUGGACGAGCCAGUAGACAUCUUCCAGGACGAGAUCUUCGAGAGCGCCGCCCCUAUGACCAGUCACGCUCCCAUGCCCUCAGUCACAAAACCCAACCGACGACCCCUGACGAGCUCGAGCUCCAACGUCGUCUUCAACCAAUCCGCCACAUAUUCGACCUUCAAGACAAGGCCGUCUUCCUCGUCACACAUUCCCCUGAAUUCGUCGCUCGGGAACAAGUUGAACAUGGUGCCCAUGGCUCCUCCAACAACCAGAGGCCACAGCGCCAACAUGCCUCAAAAGGGGCCCUACCUAUCAGAAUUCAAGACGGGCCCUCAAAAGCCAUCCAUUGAUAUCAGCUUCGACUACGGAAAGGAGAACAUUCGCCCUCAGCUCUUCCCGGCACCCCCCGCCGUCAACCUCCACGCCGAAACCUACUACCGCAAGCCCAACGGCAAGCGAGCGCUCAUGGAUGCUGCUCCCAUCAAGGACUCAAGACCAGCAAAGAAGAUCAAGACUGAGCCGACCGCCGCAGUCAUUCCUCCUCCCGACGCCUUCCCACCCAUCAUCGAUGACGGCAACAAGCCUCCUCACAGCUACGCCCAACUGAUUGGAAUGGCCAUUCUCCGAUCUCCUAAGAAACGACUCACACUUGCCCAGAUUUACAAGUGGAUCAGCGACAACUACUCCUUUUACAGUCCUUCCGAUGCCGGUUGGCAGAAUAGCAUCCGCCAUAACCUCAGCCUCCACAAGAACUUCAACAAGAUCGAGAGACCCAAGGACGACCCCGGCAAGGGCAACUACUGGGCCAUCGAACCCGGCACCGAGUCCCAGUUCCUGAAGGAAAAGACUACGCGCAAAUCUGCAUCCGCCUCGGAGAAUCUGCCUGUCAUGUCAACUCGGCUAGAGCCCUCGCGUUCGACUCGUGCCCCGAUUCAGGAGCCGACUCUCCCUCCGCCUGUUCCCGUCAGCCAGGCUACUCUCCCGCCCCUUCCCACUUCUCAAGCCACCAUGUCGAUGCCUCCGGAGUUGUCUUCGGAUGCAACCAUCCCGGUCUCUGAUAACAUUGGUCCCGAAGAUGCCGCAGACAAGGCCGAUCACGAUGCUCCUCACGACUCCUCCCUCUACUCACCUCUUCCCGCUGCCAUGCACUCGUCACCUCCCGUCUCUCGGCACAUGGAGCCCCGAAGCAACACUCCACCUCCUAUCGCUCGCAACCCCGCCUCUUCCAUCUCACGAUCUCGCAGGCGCAAGUUUGCGUCCAUGGAUGACAGUGGAUACAUCUCUUCUCUUGAUUCAUCCGUUGUCCGACCCAACCAGAAGGGUUACCUGCUGACCUCAGAGGCCGACCGCCCCAGGAUGAAGGUUCGAGGCCGUGCCGAGGAGGAGAUUGCCCGUCUGCGAGGAUCCUCUCCCUUCAGCCCGACCAAGUCACGCUUCUGCCCUCCCGUUUCGUCCUCUCCGCUACGACUUCACGAUAAUCAGAUGCUUCCCCCGCUCACACCUAUCAUCAAGAUCAAGCCUCCUGUUCGACCACCUCCAUCGGUCUCUCCCAACACCAACCUUCGACUUCACCGUGACAAGGUCCAAAGCAUUCUCCAGUCGCCUAUUCGCCGGGUUAAUGGCCUCGGUGAUAUUGCACCAUGGAGUCCCGCCUUCAACCUCGAUGACCCCGUCUACAGCUUCGACUGCGAUGUCGUGAACUCGGCCGACUUUGAGAUCUUCCACGGACUGCCAACCCUCGAGGGAGAUGCCUUUGCUGGCAUCAGCUCAGCCGAAGCUGGAUCCCCUGUCAAGCGUUCUGUCAAGCGUAAUCGGCUGGAUCGAUCUGUCUCUACAUCCGCCCUGGGUGAGAUCACAAACUCUGCCAUCAAAAAGCCCAUCGCUUCCGCCCCCCUGCUCAAGGCUCCCGAGCCAUCUGCUGCUUAUGACAGCCCCAGCAAGAGCUUUGAAGGCCUCAGCUCGCCAUCUAGGAUGUUCCAGCAAUCCCCCAUCAGGAACCAGUCCCCUUCCAAGUUUGCCAGCCUGCCAGAUCUCCCUGCCGACUGUGACUGGCCCUCGAUGAUGAUGGAUCCUGUUGGCUUCAUGAACCACAGUACACCGGAUGUCGCAAACUUUUCGAACCUAGACAUCUUCAAGGGAUUCGAGAAGAUUGGCUCCGGAUCACAAAACACCUCGAACGACAACGACAACUCUACCAACUCCAACUCGGCCAACCCCAGAGGCAGCAAGCCCGGGCUGGGUCGGAGUUAUUCUACUGCAUUUUAAGACGCAUACAACUACCCACCUACCCACCAGAAAAUGAAGCGGCGGAGACGACAAACAACACAAAGCGUAAUGAUGAGAUUAAUGACUUGACGAAAAGAAGAAGAAAACUUCCAAUUUCCUCCUCGAGAGACGGCCAUGUCUGUGCUCCAUUGUGGCUUGGACACGUUUGGAUUUGUCCGGUAUGGACUAGAACAGGGAGGCUCGGUGCUUGCCGGGCUCUCAGAAAGGCUUCGCGGCUGGCAGUUGACGACGAUAAUGACUUUCGGGCGCGGAGGAAAGAGAGAGCUCGUGUGAGGCUCGGGACACCACUGGAUGACGAUUGAUUGAUUGAUUGGUUGAUUUGGCAUGUGCGUUUGGUUUUGGUUGCGUUGAUGCUCUACCCUCUUUGAUUUUUAACUCAACUUGCAUGUUGCGUGUUUUCUUGGUUGCUCGGAGUUUGGAUGGCCCCCGUGUGGCUCUGGAAGAAUUGUGUACUCUACACCCUGCGUAUGUUUGCGUGUAUCCCUUUGUUACUAGGUUCGGAGAGAAGCUACCCGAGGCCAGCGUUAUAACUACUAUCCUUUUAACAUGAUGAAUCAUUUCUUUUUCUAG